AUGAACGAAGUAGCAGAUGACCAAUUUGACAUAAUGACUACGGAGGAUUAUCAUGUUGUAGCCUCCAGCUGUAAGGGUACGCAAGGGCACAAAGAUAUUAGAGAAGAUGCUUAUCUUUACAAAAUGCUUCAAAAUUGCCUUAUUGCUAUUGUUUGUGAUGGACAUGGCUGUAUCGAAAAACAUAAUAAAAAUGAGAUUGUUGAGCUUGUAUUAAGUUCCUUAAUUAGUAGCGAUAGUAAUAAUGAAACCUUUCUAGAAAAAGAAUUACAAAAACUCGGUGGUGAACCUGAUAAAGAUAAAAUCAAAGACAUCUUCAAUUGUGUGUUCGAAAGUCUCGAUAAAGAUAUUAUUAAAAAGCAAGAAGGUUGUGAAUUUGAAGAUUGUGUAGGUACAACUGCUACCAUUGCCUUAAUCUUCAAUAAAACCACAUUCGUAGUACACCGAGGGGACUCUCCUGCUUAUGCUGGUUACAAAGAUGGGAAAAUAAAGAGAAUUACUAUAAAUCAUAAUUUAGAAAAUUACUUGAAAGAAGUGGAGGAUCCUCAUUUUUACAAAGAUAAAAGAUAUUGGCUUGAUCGAAUGGUCGAAGGCGGUGGAGGAGUGAAGGUGACCACUUUUUUUGGAAAUACACAUAAUUUUACAAGCAAAAAAUUUCCUCGUGAUUCCAAUCAAGAAAUAGAACUUAAUAGAAGAUAUUCUACACAAUCGGGUUUAAUUGAAAUAAGCAAUAAAGACAUUGAGUUUAUUUUUGUGACAAGUGAUGGGUUCGGAAAUGUAGAAAUGUUUCUUAGAGAUUCAGUUAAGAAAUUUAGGGAAGAUAAUGAAAAAGAAACAAAAGACGCUUGUUUUUUAAUGGGAAAAAAACAGAAAUUCUUUAAUGAUGACGUGGAUGAUGCAACUUUUAUCGCUAUCUUUUUCAAACAAAGAAAGGAUGAAAUGAUCAAAGAUUUAUAUGAGAGAAUUAAUAAGAAGCAAUAUACAGAUGAAUGGAGGUGUGGUCAGUCACUUUAUGAUAAAGAAGAAAUAUUUACUUACCUGCCAGCAAUCAAAAGAGAGGAAAA